CCCGACACGGGCAUCUCCAAGAAGGGCAUGUCGAUCAUGAACUCGUUCAUCAACGACAUCUUCGAGCGCAUCGCCCUCGAGGCCUCCAAGCUCUGCCGCUUCUCCAAGAAGGCGACGCUCUCCUCCCGGGAGAUCCAGACCGCGGUCCGCCUCAUGCUCCCCGGCGAGCUCUCCAAGCACGCCGUCUCCGAGGGCACCAAGGCCGUCACCAAGUUCUCGUCCUAA